UCUAUGUGCACCACUGUCUAUAAUACCGACCUGUAGGGACUCUGCCGUGCUGCAUUAAUAGGUCUGUGUUACAUGCAUGAGCCCUUAGACAGAAAUGUCGCACUGUCAGUAUACUGGACUUAUUACUAUGGAGCUCUACAUAAAACCCGGCUAUAAAAUAUUACGGUGAAUCGAUUAAUAAAAUAAAACCUAGCAAUUGGCAGCUGAGGAGUGUGGGGUCCAUGGAGAGAAUGCACUUCUGCAUAUCCAGUACAUCUCCAUCCUGGGAGGUAAUGAUGUUAAUUGGUCGGGUUGCUAGGUGGCAGUGCUGCUUCUGUGAGAAUGUGAGAAAACAGCUUUCCUCCACGGAGAGGCAAAGAGCGGCAGGGGGAGCGCAGAAAAUGGAGGGAGAGGGAGAAGGCUGAAUACAGUGUGAGCUUCGCUGCACGCUGUUAAUAAUACCAGCUAAACCAGGGCGAAUGAGGACGUUUUUGGGGUCACACAGGACCCCGCACAAAAGUACAAACUCCUUUCUCAGACACGCCAUGGCAUCCUCCCUCGAUGCAGGGACGAUGGAAAGGAGAGACAUGAAAGAGGAAAAGGAUCUAGAGACAGAGGAGAACUGGACAAAAACAGAGGCGUCCCCCGUCCUUUGGGGCGAAUUUCAAGGGACACAGCAGACGGAAGGGGAAGACGAGGACGAGUGGUACCACAAGGGUCUGCAUAGAUGUCGGCCUGAUGACACCUGGGUGGCCUUCAGAGAUGCAGAAGGUGAGGAACCCCAGACAGAUGAUCAGGAGGUGCACACAACACGACAGGACGGGCGCUGGUGGUGCGAAGACAGUACAACGUUGUGUACGAGGGAGCACUCUACAGACAAAAGCAGUCUGGAACAUGUAUUUGAAAACUGCUUUCCUCCAAUGUCACAUCCACUUGUAGAAGAAGAAAUUCAGCCGCUGGAAUCAUUACUACAUGAUGUUAAACCUCAAGGUCAUAAACAGCCAUGGAGAAGAUCCACAGACUAUCUACAGAGAGCCACAUCUGAACACACAAGACAUCCUGAUCUUCUCUACAAGUGGGAAGGAUCCCAGCUACACAGCACCUACCUCUCAUCUCUCCAUAUCAACCCCAAUGACAAGGGUCCACCACACAGAACCAAGUUUUUGGCAGCUUCUCCAGUCCCUAAACAGGGGCCACAACCACACAAACUGAGCGCUGGGUUAGCAAGAGAUCCAGAGCUUAAACUGAUGAAGGUGGCCUCUGUGUCAGUCCAUGUCACUGGCUUCAGUCCAUCCCAUCACUUGCAGUCCCUUUUCCAGCACUGGUCGCAGCCCAAUAGGAAGACUAGACUGAAGGUCGCCUAUGAAUUUAACCGCAGUCUCCUCGUGUGACCAUUCUCUGGGACUCACAAUUCACAGUUUUGGUAAUAUUUGGUGGCAGAGCUGAGGAUUUUUAUGUCACAGAAAAGUAUAUUUUCUACAAUAAAAGU